AUGGCCUUUCAUAUGCCGUUCCCAGCGCGCGUGCUGACCUGGCAGGAGCGCACCCACGCCAUCUGCAAGGAGCGCACCUACGCCAUCCGCAAGGCGCACGUCAACGUGGACAAGGCGCUCAAGGCUGCUGAGGUGGUGCUGGAGAAGUAUGACGUGGCGAGGCAGGUGGAGGAGCGCAUCAAGGAGGGUCCCAAGAACGCCCUGGACCCGUACUUACGGAGGGCGUGGCGUAUUUUGAGGCUCCACGUGGAGGAGCGCAUCAAGGAGGGUCCCAAGAACGCCCUGGACCCCUACCUAGCAGCGAUAGCCCGGCUGCACGAGGGCGUGGCGUGCUUUGAGGCCAACCGGUCGUUCAAGAGCGCGGAGGCGGCUCUGGCCCACUCCAAGGCGCUGCUGCUGAGGGCGUGGCGUGGCGCGCUUGGAGCCUUCAGCUCAGCAGCGCAGUGUGCAAUCAAUCAUCACAAGCCCUUUUCCCCCUUGUUCCUCUCACUUUGCGCUGGCAGCGAGGUGCGAGGCACGAUGGUGGAGGCGGGGCUGAAGCGCAUUGCCGUGGAGAAGCUCACACGCGAGCAGAUGGACGGCAUGUCCUGGGGGGAGCUGGAGAAGCGUAUCGAAGGGUGGCGACGGCAGACCAGGCUGGCGGUGCACGUGGUGUUCAUGGCAGAGCGAGAGCUGUGCGAAACGGUCCUGGCGGGCUUAGAGCCGCACACAGGCAAGGCGUUUGCGGACCUGGCGGGGCUCACGCUGGGCAUGCUGUUUGGCUUCGGGGAGGCCGUGGCGCGCAGCAAGAAGUCCCCCGAGAAGGUGUCGGUGCUCAUGGACAUGUACGAGACCAUGCGGGAUCUCAUGCCACAGGUGGAGGUGGUGUUUGCGGGCUCGGCCUGUGAUGCCAUCCGGGGUAGUGCGCAGCAGCUGCUGCAGCACCUGGCGGCGGCGGCCAAGGAGGCGUUCAACAACUUUGAGCUCGCAGUGGAGAGUGAGGACAGCGACAAGGUGCUGCCCGAUGGGGCCACGCACGGCCUCACCAGCUACGUCGUCAACUACCUCAAAUACCUUUACGACUACCAGGCGACCAUGCAGGAGCUCUUCGGCCGGGAGAACCUCUUCGGAGAGGCCACGAUCCGCAUCUUUGCGGCGCUGCAUGCCAACCUGGAGAGGAAGAGCAAGCUCUACCGCGACCCUGCGCUGACCCAGCUCUUCCUCAUGAACAACGUGCGCUACAUCGUGCAUGCUGUGAGAAAGGGCGAGCUGAAGGAGGUGGUGGGGAAGGACUGGAUCGACCGGCAGCGGCGCAUCGUGCAGCAACAUGCCGCGGCGUACCAACGCACGUCAUGGAACAAGAUUUUCGGGCUGCUGACGUCAGCAGGGCUGAAUGCAGACGGCAAGGAGGGCAGUGUGAGCCGCAGCGCUCUCAAAGAGAGGUUUCGAGUGUUCAACGCCACGUUUGAGGAGCUGCAUCGCUCGCAGUGCGUGAGUUGCCUGCCGCUCCUACCAGGAGUGAUCUGCUCCCGUGUUGCUUGUGCUGCUGCCCGCCUACCGUGUGUUCGUGCAGUGAUACACGUGAGUGGGUUGAAGGGUGCUGUGCUGUGUGUGUGGUCACACUCUUGA